AUGGGCGGUCUGGGCAAAACAACUCUGGCAAGAAAAGUCUAUGACAGUGAACGGCUGAAAAUUGCACACUUCCAAGCUUUUGUUUGGUCGCAGACGUUCAUCAUUGAAAAUAUCUUCAGAAGCAUUCUAAUGCAAAUUUGUAGGGUCAGUAAAGAAGAAGCGAAAUCAAUGAACAAGGAUGAACUAAUCGAGAAUAUGAGGGUCCAUUUACAGCAAAAGAGGUAUGUAAUUGUUCUUGACGAUCUAUGGAAGGUAGAUGAUUGCAAAUGUAUAAGAGUUGGAUUACCCGAUGAUGAAUGUGUAAGUAGGAUCAUGGUCACCAGCUGCAAAAGCGAGGUGGCUGCUGCUUGUGUUCAAACUUCUGACCAUGUUUACAAUCUUUCACCAUUGUCUCCUGAAGAAAGUUGGGCUCUCUUUUGUAAGAAGGCAUUGCAAUAUGACUUGGGUGGAAAUUGUCCUCCUCACUUGAAGCAAAUAUCUGAAACAUUCAUGCAAAAAUGUGGAGGAUUGCCUCUAUCAAUAGAAGCCAUAGGUAGUCUUCUGUGGACUAAGAAUAAAACUCUUCCGGAAUGGCAGAAACUGUAUAAUAGCCUCGGCCUCCAGAUAGAAACCAGUGAUAGCCUGACAAGUAUGAAUCAAAUACUAUCGUUGAGUUACAAUGAUUUUCCAUACUACCUCAAGACUUGUUUCAUAUAUGUAAGCAUUUUUCUAGAAGAUUAUUUGAUCAAACCCAUGACAUUAAUUCAGCUAUGCAUAGCGGAAGCGUUUGUAGAAAAAAAAAAGGAAGGCAUAACAUUGGAUAAGCUUGCUUAUGAUUACCUCCAUGAGCUUGUCAACAGGAGCUUGAUCCAAGCGGCAUCGUAUACAGAUUAUGGGGCACUCAAAACUUGUUGUGUCCAUGAUGUCGUGCGUGAGAUCAUUCUUUCUAAAGCUAGGGAGGAGAAAUUCCUGACAUUCCAAAGUGGAGGAAAAGUAAAUGAUAAAACACGGCGCCUGACCCUACAUGACCAUGGGGAGAUUUCUCCAGAGAAUGACUUGUUGCUGAAGGUUUUGGAUUUAGAGGAUACAGGUAUAGAUGAAUUUUCAAGUGAGAUUGUAAAUCUAUUCCAUUUAAGGUAUACGGUGGCUUUAUCAACCCAAUGGAUUGCAAAUAACAUUACCCCAACGUUAAGAGAUUCCGAGGAAUCAACGGAGACGUGCACGAUCUCUUGA